UUUUCCUUAAUAUAUUUGGUGACCAAUUAAAUUGGAAAUAAAGGAGUUAAUUCCUAUUAAAUCUCUACUUUGAUGGACGGUUGAGAUUAACCCUAAGGAAACUCUAAUGAGUAAUAGGUCCUCUCUCCACCUAUAAAUAUAUACCUUUAGACCAUCAUAAAAGUAUCAUAAAACACAACACGUUAAAAGCUAAGUUUAUAGGCAAGGUGAGAGAAACAUAAUCUCCUAACCUAAAAGUUCAAGAAUACCGUUUAGGAAGAAAUCUCUGCGACAAUAAAUGGAGAUAAUCCGAUAAACCUCGUAAUGAUUCUAUUAUGUGAUUAACUUAGAUAUUUAAAGAUCUUAGGGUUCAUGUAUAAUUAACUUACAGUAGGAUUUACUGUAGACCGGCUAAGAGCAUAAGCACAUCAAACCAUUGCUGAGAAUCUCAUAUUGUUAAAUCACUAUUUUUAGGAGAACAUUUUCAAAAAAAAAAAAAAAAAUUAAAUUAAGCAAAAAGCCCAAUAUUUUAGUUGUGUGUAGGACAUCUAAGAAAAUUUGGAAAGAUUUAAUUGAACCGGCACAAGAUUUAAUCAAAAUGAACGAAAUGUGCUUUAUAGUUUUUCUGCCCAUAUUAAUUAAUCAAUUGGCCGACCAAAUUUUCCAACCAGAAUUCUCCGAUCCUUUGGUCGACGCCGUGUGCAUGCAUGGUUGUUAAUGGCCAAGAUGUCUUUUAAUCGUGCAUCACACUAUUACAAUCCCAAACAUGACUAACCAAUUAGUCACCUUUCAAGAAAAUAUUUCCUAUUUUUAAUUUUUUAUCAAUACCCUAACAUGUUCUUAUAUAACCCCAUUGAUGGAAUCGUUUUCCUCAUCCCACUUACAAACACAAAGAACACAACAAAAAAAAAAAAAAAACACACGAACUAGGUAAAAGGCAUAAGGAAAGCCACACGCUCUGCAAUGACGAUCACACGCACCUCCUUUGCGAUUUGCCUACUCCUCUCUUUGGCCACCAUUGCCACUGCUGAUUACUACGCCCCCUCAUCUCCUCCGGUUUACACUUCACCGGUUAAUAAACCCACGCUUCCACCUUCGGUUUACACUCCACCGGUUCAAAAACCUACCCUCCCACCUCCGGUUUACACUCCACCUGCACACAAGCCUACACUCUCACCUCCGGUUUACGCUAAGCCAACUCUACCUCCUCCGGCUUACACUCCACCGGUUUAUACUAAGCCAACUCUACAAGCUCCUGUCUACACUCCACCGGUUUACAAGCCUACACUUUCACCUCCUGUUUACACUAAGCCAACUCUCUCACCUCCAGUUUACAAGCCUACACUCCCACCUCCGGUUUUCACUAAGCCAACUCUCUCACCUCCGGUUUACAAGCCUACACUCUCUCCUCCCGUUUACACAAAGCCAACUCUCUCACCUCCGGUUUACAAGCCUACACUCUCACCUCCGGUUUACACUAAGCCAACUCUCCAUCCUCCGGUCUACAAAAAGUCUCCAAGCUUUUCUCCUCCACCUCCAUAUGUACCAAAACCAACCUACACUCCACCCACCAAGCCAUACGUCCCUGAGAUCAUUAAAGCCGUUGAUGGCAUCAUCUUAUGCAAAAACGGCUACGAAAGCUACCCAAUUCAAGGAGCAAAAGCAAAGAUUGUGUGCUCCGAGAUGGUAUCAUACGGGAAGAACAAGAACGAGGUUGUUAUCUACAGCAAUCCAACUGACUCUAAGGGAUAUUUCCACGUGGCGUUAACCCAUAUCAAGAACCUAUCUCACUGCCGUGUCAAACUCUACACAUCUCCGGUCGAGACUUGCAAGAACCCGACCAAUGUCAACAAGGGUCUCACCGGAGUUCUCUUAUCGAUGUACUCCGACAUUAACUUGAAACUCUUUAACGUCGGUCCUUUCUACUUCACCGGUUCCAAGGCUGCUCCCGCCACUCCCAAAUACUAACCAUCAUCACAUUAUUAUAUGUGAUCGCUAUAAUCAAUUUAUUGUUUGAAAUUCUUUUUCCUUUGAAAAUGUUAUUUUUUGUUUCUUCCGAUUUCAUUUGAUUCGUUACAUUAGCAUGCAAUGCGUUCUAUCUUUUUGUUUUAUAGAUUAAAAUUAUAAAGGGAACAAUAAUGUUUGAUUAUUGCGACUGAAAUUUAUGAAACAUAUUUAAUAUUAAUGUGUAUGUUUUUCGUAGAUAAGUUACGCUGGUAACAAUAUUUUAGUACGUAGUCUCAUGCUCCUGUCAUUAACUAUAGAUUGACAUGCAUGGUACAAUUGAAUAAUUGAUUAUCUAGGUCAAUCUUGGUGCUAUCAAUAUCAUGCUAUGUAUGAGUAUUUAUAUUUUAUAUAGUAUAUCUUUAACAAUGACUUAGUUUGGCAUCGUAAGAAUUGUUACUAAACAUUAGAGAUUAAAUAUUUAUAGGCUUGUAAUAAACAUUAAAAGUGAAAGAAAUAUUGAACUUUUUUUCAUAGUGCGUGGAGAAAGCAAAUUAACCAUUCCGUUUAAUUAGAUUUUGAUUUAACGGUUAUAAUUCCGAUUUUAUG